AUGGCUUACGUCGUGCGUUUUUGUGAUUACAUCCGCAAUGGAAAGAAAACGCUAACCAAGGGUCUAUUGCAAGCUGACGAAAUGAAACGAGCGUCAACCCUUAUUUUGAGACUUGUCCAAGCUGAAAUGUUUGAAACAGAAAUCAAGUUAAUAACAACCGACAGAUUAGUAAAAUCCCCGCUCCUCAAUCUUAGUCCGUUCAUUGAUUCACAUGAUGGUUUGCUUCGCGUUGGUGGUCGUCUGAAGAACGCACAAGUACCCUACGAAUAUAAACACCAAGCACUACUGCCAGAUAAGCACCCACUGACAAUAACACUGAUACGGCAUCUGCAUCUUACGAACCUCCACGUUGGACAACGAAGUCUCUUAGCCAUCGUCAGGCAGCGCUACUGGCCCCUCAAGGCAAAGAAUCUUAUACGCAAGAUCGUACAUGAUUGUGUACCAUGUUACCGCUUGAAACCGAAAAGAUCCACACAGUUUAUGGGAGAUUUACCAGAUUACCGUGUCCAACCAGCACCAGUAUUUACGAAUACUGGCCUCGAUUUCGCUGGACCGUUCAAGGUUCGUGCUACUACCAAGUUGAGAAGCCCUCAGACAACGAAAGGCUACAUCUGUGUGUACGUAUAUAUGGCUACCCGAUGCAUCCACCUUGAAUUAGUGUCCGACCUGACCUCUGAAGCGUUCCUUGGUUCUUUGCAACGAUUUGUCAGUCGCCGAAGCUUAGUAGAAAGAAUUUACUCUGACAAUGCUACAAAUUUCGAGGGUGCGAACAACGAACUACGACGUUUGGCUGCGUUGUUCCUAGAGGAGCAACAUCAACGUAUAAUCAACGAUUUCACCACACAACGAGGGAUUCAAUGGAGCUUCAUACCGCCGCACAGUCCCCAUUUUGGUGGUAUAUGGGAGGCUGGCGUGAAGUCAGUUAAAACGCAUCUCAAGUUGAUACUCGCCGAACAUUGCCUGUCGUACGAACAAUUCUCAACGGUACUCGCCCAGAUAGAGUCAAUUUUGAAUUCUCGUCCUUUAUGCCCUCUGUCUGACGACCCAAAUGAUAUCCGUGCGAUAACGCCAGCGCACUUCCUGAUAGGAAGGGAAUUCCAAGCAAUCGCCGAACCGUCGUAUCAAGAUAUCCCAGCGAACAGGCUCUCUCGCUGGCAAUUCUUGCAAGAUCUCAAACAGAAAUUCUGGAAAAUCUGGAUGACCCACUAUCUACAUGAGCUCCAACAGCGUCAAAAAGACUUCAAACAUACAACGUUUAAAGAAGGAUCUCUGGUGCUGCUGGUCGACGAAAAUCUUCCACCUCUGCAGUGGGUUAUGGCCCGCAUCAAAGAGUUGAUUCCUGCUAAGGAUGGCCACACUCGUGUGGUUAGCCUUCAGCUGCCCAAUGGAAAAACUACAACGAGAGUUGUUAAGAAGAUCUGUCUACUGCCGCUGGACACCUAG